GGAUUUUUAUAAAACUUAUUAGUAAUAUCGCAGCAUUUCGUAUCGUAGAAAGUUUGGGCCUUCCUGAAUAUAAUCAGAGUCAUCUUCCAAACUUUUCCAGGCACCGAUCUCCGUUAGCGAGGCAUUUGAGCAGCAGUAGUAAUAUAUGGCUUCCUUCCGAGCAUUCUUGAACAGUCCAGUUGGCCCCAAAACAACUCACUUUUGGGGUCCUGUAGCCAACUGGGGAUUCGUUGCUGCGGGAUUGGUGGAUAUGCAGAAACCCCCAGAAAUGAUAUCUGGCAACAUGACUGCAGCAAUGUGCGUAUAUUCAGCCUUGUUCAUGAGGUUUGCAUGGAUGGUGCAGCCUCGCAACUAUUUACUUUUAGCUUGCCAUGUCUCAAAUGAGUCAGUGCAGCUCUAUCAACUCUCCCGUUGGGCAAAGGGUCAGGGGUACUUGCAACAGAAGAAAGAAGAAGGUGCAUCUCAGUAACUCAGUGUUGCUUCUCUUCUACCCCGGUUUCGGUGAUUUUUGUGGUGGUUGCUAACUUGCUACAGAUUCUGUAGGAACUCUUAAAACAGUUUGUAUCUGAUUUAAGUUCUGAGUGCUUGCAUAACUUAGCACAUCAAUUUUAAGUAUCAUUUUGUUGUUUGUAUUGCACCAAUAAUGUCAGAAUCAAAUAUUAAACACGAUAAACCUGCAAAAGGUUGAAGAGAUUUUAGCUAUAAGAUGAGAAGCAUUCACCAUGAAGAAA